UGGUGGGCCUCAGUGAGUGGCUCAGCUGUGGUAGGCGAAGGUGGUGUGUGUACUGUUACCUCGAGGAUUCAACACUCCACCACACACAGGGGAGGAUUUAGGCCACAUAGGCAUAUCAAGGAUACCUUAGGAGGAUGUGGCAGCCUACUCACCUGCAAGUUACAGUACAAAGGGCGAGAAAUCUUAACUACAAAGGCAAAAAUGAGACGAACGACGCCUUCGUGGUGAUAGCGUUGGGGAAGGACAAGUUCCAGACCUCCAUCAAGGAGAAGGCUACCAGCUCUGUCGAGUGGCAUGAGGAGUGUGAACUACCAAUUCCAGCUCACGGAAAUACAGCUAAUGUUAACCUGACAGUAUAUCAUCGCAAUGCUCUUGGACUUGAUGAGUUUUUGGGCCAGAUUCAGUUCCCCCUGUCAGAAUUUGAUGUGUAUGAGAGACCUAGAAAUAGAUGGCAUCGUCUCAAGGGCAAGCCUGAGAAGGACCGCAAAAAAGGCGAGAAAGAAAGGGGCGAGCUGGAGAUAAAAGUGGCAUUCACCGUUAAAUCUGGAUCACUUUUAGAUGUCUCCAAGAAAGAGAAAAAUAAAUCUAUCACAUCACUUAAGAAUUUAGGUGGCAGUUUGAUGAGCUUGGGAAGCAAAGAAAAGGCAAAUUUGAAGAGUUUUGCAAAAUCUGUCAGUCACAAAAUAGACAAAAUUGCACACAAACCUGGUAAAAAGAAAGGUAGAAAAGGAAGCCGUGACAGUCAAGGCUUUCCUCAAGAACUUAUGCAGUCCCGUCAACGUGCUGGUGAUGCCGAUCCUGGCGUAAUUUCGGACAGUGAAGACGACUUUGGGUUUGACGAAGAAGUAACUGUGAAUACAAGGUCUAGUAGUCCCUAUAGCACUGUGUCAAGGGGCUCGUCAGUUCUGCAAGAGGUUCAUGAGGAUGAUGGUUUACACUUGAAUGGCACUAACCAUCUUUCUGACUCCCGAGGACCACCAAAGCCAGCUCGUCUGGGAGGGAGUGUUUUGGAAGUGCCCUCAAUAGCCCUGGAGUCCCCCUCUCCAACACCUUCCCCCGAGCCCAUCCUACACGCUCAGUCCGAAGAGUCCACAACACCGCCGCCCCUUUCUCCUAACCCUCCGCUUACCUUUCCAAACCUUACUCCUAUUAACCUACGUACUCACAGUGAUACCCCUUCAUUGCAAGAUAGUGCUUUUUCUGACUCGGCCACGACAUUGUCACUUUCUAGUAGUGUGAUGACAAAGGAUAGUAAUUCUUUGGUCAGUUUAGAGUCUUCAUUCCAUGAACCAGUAUCACUAACCAAGAAAGUUUUCCAUGAGUCCAUUGAUGUGCAGAAAACUCCCACUCCUGAACUAUCACCCUCAUACAAGAAAGUUUUCACAGAAUCACCACCACCUGUUGUGGACCUUCCCAAUCAUGAGCCAUCAUCCCAACGCAGGAAAGUUUUUCACGAUCCUGCUGCUGUACAGGAUACUCCCACUCCUGAGCCAUCACCCUCAUACAAGAACGUUUUCCCAGAAUCACCACCUGCUGUUGUGGACCUUCCCACUUAUGAGCCAUCAACACCAUACAAGAAAGUUUUCACUGAAUCACCACCUACUGUUGUGGACCUUCCCAAUUAUGAAUCAUCACCCCCACGCACAAAGAUCUCUCGUGAUCCUGCUGCUGUACAAGAUACUCCCAUUUCUAAACCAUCACCUGCAUACAAGAAAGUUUUCACUGAAUCACCUCCUGCUGUUGUGGACCUUCCCAAUCAUGAGCCAUCUCCCCAACGCACAAAAGUUUUUCAUGAUCCUGCUGCUGUACAGGGCCCUCCCACUCCUGAGCCAUUAUCCCUAUACAAGAAAGUUUUCACUGAAUCACCACCUGCUGUUGUGAACCUUCCCAAUCAUGAGCCAUCACCCCAACGGAGGAAAGUUUUCCUUGAACCUUCUGCUAUGCAGGACCCUCCCACUCCUGAGCCAUCACCCCAACGCAGGAAAGGUUUUCAUGAGCCUGUGGUUGUGCAGGACCCUCCCAAUCCUGAGCCAUCAUCCCAACGCAGGAAAGGUUUCCAUGAGCCUGUGGUUGUGCAGGACCCUCCCAAUCCUGAGCCAUCACCCCAACGUAGGAAAGGUUUCCAUGAGCCUGUGGUUGUGCAGGACCCUCCCAAUCCUGAACCAUCACCCCAACGCAGGAAAGGUUUCCAUGAGCCUGUGGUUGUGCAGGACCCUCCCAAUCCUGAGCCAUCACCCCAACGCAGGAAAGGUUUUCAUGAGCCUGUGGUUGUGCAGGACCCUCCCAAUCCUGAGCCAUCACCCCAACGCAGGAAAGGUUUUCAUGAGCCUGUGGUUGUGCAGGACCCUCCCAUUCCUGAGCCAUCACCCCAACGCAGGAAAGGUUUUCGUGAGCCUGCAGUCAUGAAGGACCCUCCAACUCCUGAGCCAUCACCCCUAAAGAGGAAAGUUUUAAAUGAAUCUCCUGCUGCUGCUGUGCAGGACCCUUCCUUACAUAAGCCAUCACCUUUACAGAAGGCAGUUUUUCCAGAGUCUGUUAUGGUAGAAAAUCCUCCUUCUCCUGUCCAGCCUUUAAAAUAUUCCAGAUCCCAUAGUGAUACUACUACUACUACUAUGCCAUCAUUAGCUUCUAAUAAAAACGAUGAGUCACUUGUGGUUCUCUCCCCCAAAAGUCGGUCACUUAGUAUUUCAUCAUCUCCAAAAGUCUUGCAUAGGUCAGUCUUUACCUCCUCUCCCAUCAAGGAAUCAAACACCCAGAAAAGAUCUGCUUUAGAAACUUUAGCUUUUUCUUCUACAAAGAUAUCUCUUCUGGAGACUGAUCCUAGCACCCAGUUUCCUGCCACUCCUACAUAUAAGAGAAGUAACUCUGAAUUAACACCAUCUGCACCAAACACUCCGAGCAGUCACAACGGAAUCGAUGUGUCUGCUCCAUCUACCCCAACAACUAGUGCUUCUGUAUAUAGCUUUGGAUCUGAUUAUGCUACACCAUCUACCCCUGCCACUCCUAAGGAUAGUAGCUCUAAUCCAUCCCCCAGCCCAACUUCCCGCACUUCUCGGGGGACCCCUGGGCUGGCUGAGCGGCCCAGUGCUGCUGUUGUGCGUUCUGGUUCCCUCCAUGAGAAGCCCACCACCCAGCCUGUCAUUGAUGAGUGGGAAAAGAAACUGUAUGGCAGGAAUGCUAACAGCAAGAUAAUAAACGCAGUGGUUGGAAGCAUGGAAAAUGUGAAUCGUAGUGAUAGUCGGUCGUCUCUCAGCACGUCCCUCUCCAGCAGCACUCAGGAUGUUACACGUGCAGACGAACAUGGAUCUAGGUUCCCAGAAAUAAAGGCUUUACGGCUAGAGAAAAAGUCUCGGGAAGAUGGCGACGAGGGAGAUGGCAAGAAACGACGAGGCAAAGGGGCCGGGCUCAAGGCUAAGUUGUUUGGAAACAGCCGAGAACGUAUUGGUGAAGAAGAUGGGAGGGUUGUGGAAGGAGGUAACGAUCGGCUGCCACACCCACCAACACGUCAAUCAAGACUACCUCAAGAAAUACAUGAUAAAUUUGCAGGAAAGUCUCGAGAGGAUCUAAUGGAAAUGAUAGUGAACCUUCAAUCAAGCCUAGAGAAAAGUGUACGCCACACACGAGAUCUAGAAGACUACAUUGAUGGCCUCCUCCUGCGGGUGAUGGAGACCACGCCCCAGCUUCUGCAAACCCCACUCACCAAGAACAAGAAAACGAAAGUGUUUGGUCCCCAUUGAAUGUAUUAAAAAUAUUGAGUGAAUGGAAGUGAAGCAGCCGUCCUGCACACUGUUCCUCAGUUGUUGUGGAACAAAUGGUUGGCGUUCUCUCACUGGUCUACGCUUCUCCACAUGGGCUUCCAGGCUUCGUAUCAGCAUGUCUGGUGAGAAUUUGCGUGACAGUAAUGUCAGUGAUGUCAGGUCUUGUGGUGUGUUCUAGAGAACUUAUAUUAUUGUGAUUGUGAAAUAGCACUGAUAGUGAAAAACUUGUAUAUAUAAUAUAGAAAAUACAGAUAUACCAGUAGUGUACUAUAAUAGAAGAAUGCUAAAACCCUAGAUGUAUUCAUAACCAUUUAAUACAAAUUUGAUAAAUAUUAGCACAGUUGGUAUACAUUAUCCACAAGACUAUUAUGAUGAUUAAUCAGAAAAUAUAUGUUAUCAUUCUAAGAGUGGUCUAGAAAGAGAUAAUAUAAACUUCAGAAUGUUAAGAGAAAAAAAUAGAUUCACUGGUAUGAUGUAAUCUUUUAGUUUUGGGAUUUGAAGUUUUGUUGUUAGUGAUACCGUAGUACAUGUACCGUGGUGUUUUGAGUCGAAGAAACUGCAUUAAUGGAUGCAAUACAGUAGUUUUCCUUUGACUACAACAAAAGCAUUGCUAAAAUGAUGUAGAUAUGUUUUUUGGUACAAAUGUUAUAUGGUAAUUACUUUUUCAAAGUUUUUACAUGUUUAUUCCCACUUGGAAAGUGGGUAACGAUAUACACGAGGACGAUAAUAGCAGUAGUGUAAACUAUGACAUCAACAUGAUGUUGCCUACCCAGAGACAUGUCAACUUGGGCAACCCACCUAACCUAGCAAGGAUGAUCCUCGUUAGUCCCAGGAAGGGUCAAUUUUAUGUUGCCUUUACUUUCACCAAAGUGCCAGAAUUUUGGCACAUGUUGAUGGCAUCAAAAUGGCUGUGCAUUAUAAGUAUGAGGACAGGAUGAUUUUACAAUCAGUUUAGUAGACUUUUAUUUGAAGGCAUAUUUUUGUUUUGUUUUUGUUUAUCAGAUUGCUGGCUGAAUGACUAUUGCAUUUCCUUGUACAGUAUUUGUGAAAUAGCUAUAUAUAAAGAGAGGCAUAUUAAGUUUUUUCUUUGUUUUAAGAUAUUACAUGUUUGAUUUUGUGUGAUGUAAUUUAAUGUUUGGCAAGUUAAAUGCAAAUUAGGUAAUAGGCAGACUAAUAUAUUUGUAAUUAUGAAAAGAUGCCAGUUAUUAUAACUGUGUAUAUUACUAAAGACGUGAGACCCAUUGAUAUGAAUGAGAGAUUGAAAUAAGUUUUUGUACACCAUAUGGUGUAUAGCAUAUAAAAAUUAACAGUUUAUAAAGUAUGUGAAAUUUACAACAAAUUUCUGGUUAUUAAAGGAUUAAUCAUCUUGGAUUGUGUGGUUGAGGUGAGGAGAAAGUUCUAUUAAAACAUUAGUCUACGAAAUGGGUGCAGUUUUAUGUUGAAGCUUAACAGGGAGUACUGUGAAUGCCUGUCUUGAGGUUAUCUUUGGAUGAUUUUGGGGCUUAGCAUCCCACACGGCCCGGUCCUCGACCAGGCCUCGUUUUUGUUACACAUCCCCAGGAAGCAGCCUGUAGCAGCUGCCUAACUCCCAGGUACCUAUUUAUGGUUAGGUGAAUAGGAGCACCAGGAUGAAAGAAGCUCUGCCCAUGUGUUUCCGCCUCUGCUGGUGAUCGAACCCGGAACCUUAAGACUACGAAUCCCGAGCGCUGUCCACUCGGCUGUCAGGCCCCAUGCCUGUUUGAAUGUAGGGAAUAAUUCUGGACUCAUUCUAGUGCAACUCAUAUUUUUGUCACAUCUGAUAAUGGGUAUUUUUCCCAACAUUUUUUUUUAUUAGGGCAAAGAAUAGAACAUGCUGUUGUGCCUAUUUUGUUACCAAAUCACUUUUUUUACUUUAAUUAUCAAAAGUGACAAACUGUGUCUUAAGUUGAUCAGCACCACAAAUUUCCAAUAACAGUGGGAAUAUUGUUAUUGUCUGGAUGACGUUCUAUCCAGCUGAAACCAGAUCACAAUCCUUACAUUGCUGCCAAGCUUCUGAUGGAGGGGAGGGAGGGAGUUAUCAGGGGAAAGUGCCAAUUCAUUAGGACUAUAUAGCACAUCUUCUGAUGGAGCAGGAAUUCACUAUAACUGGAAAACCUUUUAAUUGUUGCCCCCUAAUAAUCAUGUGUAAGGUGGAGUCACUAAAAUGCCAUGAAGAUGAAGCCUCGGCACUAACAAAACAUGGUUUUCCCAUACAGAUAACUUCUGCCAUACAGACCUAUUAACAUUUUAGUGUUGUGCUCACUAGGCAGCAUAUUCAAAGUAGCAUAUACAAACAUGUCCCAUUUAGUGUCAAAUAAUUUACACUAAUUAGAUGUUCACUUAAAACCGACUUCAAUACUAAACAUUCCCUAACACUGGUAUAUUGACGUGAUAGUCCUUCACAGGGUUAGCCAAUAUUGUUAGGUUACAGCUAAUUUAUAUACACAUGCAUACAGCAUAUGCAUACAUGCUGUACAUAUGCAAAUGUACAUGGGCUAUGAAGUUUUCAACGAGUCUUUCCCACUGUUCCUUAGUCGAUCAGCUCUUGAUAAAAUCCUCAGUAAAUUGGCUUCCUUUGACCGCUGAUCUUGUCUUUCUGCUUCUGUUUUGGGGUUUUGGAGGAUUUCAAUAAAACUUUAAUUUUCUGCAACAGUUCUGUUUGGCCAUCCUGCUUUAGUGCUUUAUUAUGCAUGUAAUUACUUGUACAAAAAUAGUUUGCUAGAUAUACUGCAUAACUUUCUUGAAUUUUUGGUUAGCAUAUUUAUUAAGGUAACAUAACAUCAAACAUAACAAAGGUAUUUUGAAAUUAUACUGUACAGGUACUUUUAUUAGAAAAUUGAUUUGGCUGAAAAAAAAUUAAACAAAUAUUGAACCAAGGCUAAUAUGCAGCUAAAGCAGACAGGUUGAUAUAAUAGUUUGUUCCAGUAGCACAGUAGUCUACAUCCUUGGCUUAAACCAAGAGACCCAGGUUCAAUCCCUGGUCGGUGUUUUCUUUCACCUGAUGCCUCUGUUUGCAUAACAAUUUAAUAGGUACCCAGGAGAUACAUUUGUGAGUUCCAUCCCAGGAAUGGUCAGUAGUUGACCCAAGGGGGACCUCUUAUAAUAAGUAUAGGCUUCCUGUCCCCAACAACAGGAAUUAUUAAUCACUCCAAUCAUUUAAUGUGAGUGAAUCAGGAUGGCUCAGAGUCUUCUGCAGUCAUUUGUACUAUUGUGAAAGGGUAUUUUUCUCAACAAAACAAAUUCCAAACUCCCUAAUUAAAGUGACUUACCUAUGUAAACAUUGGCACUAUUUUAGCAGACUAUCUGCAUUAUUAAAAAACUUGAACUACUAGUGAAGAAAUUUAUAAAAUAAAACAUUCUAAAUAAUAAAAAAAUGUUUCCACAAUGCUUUGGGGUUUUGUACUAUGUACAGUACAUUCAUUUGCCGCAAGUUUUCUUAAAACAUUAACAUUUGUACUUGGUUCAAUGUUGAGCUUUAUGCCAGGCAUUUUAGACUUUGAAAAAGUCAUUUUAUUUUUAUAACGUGAUAAUUUUUUUUGUGUGUGUGUGUGUGUGUAAUCUGGUAUAUCCACUGCUGCUUGUAGAUGCUGAGGUUGUGACAUGUCUUAAUCUUCCUUACAGCUUGUGCCUUGUUUUGUGACAUUUACAAACAAUUUAUACAUGUACAAUAUCAUGUUGAACAAAUACCACCCUAUUGUGAGUACAUUAUUUAGCUAAUUCAAAACUUGCCUUUAGAAAUUAAUUAACUAUGCAGAUGAUGAGUUGCAGUAACGUGCUGGCGGGUUGAUAACCAACCUCACACGUCUGGAAAUAAGAAGAAACGACGACGUUCCUUCAUUUUCAGAUUUAUUAACUAAUUUUCGACUGGACAAAUGAAUUCUUAUUUAGCUUGUAAUUAGAAAGUAUAUUUUUAUAUGCAAAUAUAAAAUGACUAGCAUUGUCUGUGUGUUAAUAUGUAAACACUGUUGCCAGCUUGGUGCAUUGUUGUGAUAACUUUUAUUAACAUUGGCAUAAAAGUCUCUUGAUAUUAAUAAUAACCACCUAAUUUUUUGAUUAAUCAAAAUUCAGUCACCCAACCCUUUCAUUUUCUUUGCUAAAUACAAUUUACUGUCUCACAAAACUGAUUUCUUUAACAUACAGUAUACUCCUUUUCCUCUUUUAAUUUUAUCAGCAGUCAUCAAUGGUUGCAGAGAAUGGAUCACAAUAAUGUGGCUGAACCCAAUUAACCCAACUCACUCACAUUAAGGGAAAGUGACUAUCAAAUCGUGUGUAUUUGAGUUUUCACUUCCAUUAUAUAUGAAGUAUCCACAUUAUAAGGGUCCAGGAUGGACUUAAACAUAUUCACUUUCCUUUCAUAAAUGCUGGUUGGGUUAUUAAUUCAUCUAUGGUUGUGAUCAGCCAUAUAUUAAGGAGUUUUGUGAUCCUGUAUAUUAUAGAGCGAUUCAUGAUUGUGAAAACUGGGAUCGGAUUAAAAAGCUAGAGCAGUGCAGUUACCUCCUGUAGAAAGCUAGUGCAAUGUAGCUACCUCCUGUGAACAAAAUUAAGUCAUUCAUGAUCUCUGGGCAAUAUGAGGAUUACAUUUUUGCUCUAUUGUCAGUAACAAACAUUCCUGCAUUGUACUUAAGUCAAUUUAAAGUAUUUUAACCAUUUGGUUGCACUAAGCAAUAGCAGUCAAUUUGGGAAAAAAUGCCUUUGAAACCCCCCCCCCCCCCCCAAAAAAAAAAAAAAUCAUGGCCAGGUCCCUUGACCUGAAAAUGCCAAUGAACCAAAACCCAGUAAAAAUGGUGCCAGUAGUUGGUGACUGAACUAAAUAUCACCACACGUGGCAGCGCCAAAAAUCAGCAAAUGGGCUUCUUUCAAACCCUUACUCACACAUCAAACCUAUUUUCAUUAUUUUAUUUAAACAAGUAAGGUAUUGAAGGUGAAGGAAAGACCCAAUAUAUGUGUAAGUGCAUUAAAACCAAAUUUUUGGAUGCAACCUACAUCCUUUCUCAAGGUGUUGUGAACACUUUUCUGAACAAGUCUAGGAACUUGCAUUUGUGUGUGUGGCAGGGUCUCGCGUGGCGGCCAUCAUUAGAUGUUAUGCUUAUGCUCCCCAGGGACUCGCCAAGGGACGCCAAAAAUUCAGAUGAAAGCUCAAUUGCCCUGGGUUCCGAGAACUGUGAGCAGGGUCCCACAGAAACAUUAUUCCUACUCUGAACACAAGGUCUGUGCUCAUGAAUUAAUGAGAUUAGUUAAUUUAAUUUCAUUAAGAAUAAUUUUAUGGUUGUGCAUUAACAUACAUAACGAUGUCUAAUGGUGGACACCACAUGAGGGACUCUGCUAGACGUACAAACUCAAGUUCCUAGAACCUUGUCCAGAACAGUGUUCACAGCACCUUGAGAAAGGAUGUAGGUUGCAUCCAAAAAUUUAGUUUUAAUACUUAUAUUGGGUCUUUCCUUCAGCUUCAUUCAAGCACACAGCAUUGUGUAGAGGACACAAUAUUGUGUCUACACAAUAUUUUUUAUUGUGACUAAAAUACAUAAAAUUCCUUAGUAGGCAUGUUUAUUUGUUGUAUUUAUUAUAUUCAAUACAUUUGGAACACCUAUGGCCUGAUAUUGAGUUGAGGAAUUUUAUAUAUAUAUAUAUUAUAAUAAAAAAAUACCAAAGCAAUUUGCCAUGGUUUUGUAUAUAAGAGCACACAAACAAUUGUUUAUUAUGUAUCUACACAUUUCAUAGCUAUAUAUAGUCUUCUCUGGCUUGGUGCCUUCUUUUAAUAAUUACUUGUAUAACUCUCUACACACAUAUUUAAGGCCAAACCAUAGCUAUGGUUUGUACAUUAACAUACAAUGUUAAGUAUUUUACUGUUUGAUUUCUGUGAUAGCCUGUGCUAAUUGUUUAUUGGUAGUUAUUAUUAAGAAAAUACUGCACAUUCACUCGUGUAAAUACGGACACACUUCAGCAUAAUGCCUGUUAUACCAUUGAGAAGUGUAGGUUAACAAUUUGUCACAUGCAUUAACCUAAAGCUGUAUAGAUACCACACUGACCAUUUUUUGUUGGCAGUAUUUGCUUGUGCAAUAGAUAAGUAGUCCUGUACAGUAAUUUUGACACACAUUGGGACUGGUAUCAUUGCUUUCAUUUAUAUAAUCAUUAAUAACAAUUGAAAAAAUUUGUUCUAGUAUAUAGUUCAUUAACAAAUCUUUGAUUCCAGUUGUAGUGUGUGGUAAUUGCAUUAUUUUUUUAUUUAAUGCAACACCAUUCCAGCAUUUAAUUGUUCAGAGCUAAAUAAAUAUUUGUGUACUGGUACUUUAUAUUCAGGUCUCAAAAUAUCAUUUGCAAUUCUAAAAUAUUUUAUACACUAAUAUUCAUAAAUGCUUCAUGCAUUACUUUUUUUUUUUUUUUUUUUAGUGUGUUCUCAAGAGCCAGAUUCUGUAACAUGUUGUCAGGUUGUGAUGUGUAAAGAAACAAAUCUUGAGGGUGUGACAAUUUAUGAUAACAAAAUGGGCCCAAAUUUAAAGGCAAGAAAGUUGUCUGAUUAUUAUGUUAUUUUGGCAUAACUAGAUCUUAUGAGGAGAGAUGUUUGUAAAUGUAUUUUCAUGAUACUAUGUAAUUAUGUACAUUUUUAAUUUAUUGAUGUGCUGUUUAGGUUUACCAUUGUAGAUUAUGUAGAGAAUUAUUCACAAUAACGUAGCUAAAAAAUGAAUAACCCGACCCACACUUCAAAAUAAAGGAAGCUGACAAUAUUUCAGCCUGUCCAAGACCCUUAUUCAUAUGUGUAGGUUGGGUUAUUGUAGAUUGUCAUUUGCAUAUUAGAUUGGUUACUUUACAUGCAUUUCAUAUAGUAAAUCUGGAUUAUACCAAGAUAUACAAUGGGCUAGUUGAGCUUAACUUUACCAUGACUCAUGAUGUGCAAUAUUUUGUGUAGCUAAUUUAACUUUCAUUGUCACUGACAAAUAAUUUACAUGUUACAGGAAAAGCUCACUGUAAAAGAGCUUGAGAUAGCAAUUCAGGUAAAUGUUUAGAGUAGGCCUACUUUAAGGCAAGUUGAAAUGUUUUCUUAUUUGCUUUUCUACUGAUUAUCUUGAAUAAAACCUUUUGUGAGCUUUCACUUUCAUCACAAAAAAACUAUUUCUUUACUAUUAUUCUUUCAUUGCAAAUUUAUUGUAAAAGUAAAAGUACACACUCCAAUGAUAUGAUCCUCCUUGUAAACUACAUACAAGUAAUGACGUGCAUACAAGAAUGAUAAACACCGAUAUUUCACAACCAACAUGCUUACCUUCCCUCAGCCUCCAAUACUUUUAAAGCCAUUAACAAUACUGUACUGGCCAUUAGGUGAACGCCAAACACUGUGUAAGCUUAUAAAUUAUUGCUUGCAUAUUGAGAACAAUAUUUCCUGGUCCCAUCGCUGUAAGAUAUCUGGUAUAACUCUACUCAAACUUUCAACUUUUUUGUACAUGUUCACUCUGGAAAUUGUGGUUUCAUUCACUACAUGCAAACUUGUAUUCAUGUGUAUUUGUAAUGACCAUGUCCAAGGUCCAGCUCAAACAUUUUGUUUAACAAGUUAUAAAAAUUAUUUAUAUACCUGUUGUAUUGUUAAUGCAAUAUGUAUAUAGGCAUUUGCCCUUGCAGUUAUCAAAAUGACAGAAUUUGAAGGAAUUAAUAAAAUAUAAAAUGGGCAAAACCUAAGAAUUACGAAACAGAUUUCAGAGUAAAAUAUUAUAAUGCUAUUUGCACACUUCUCAUCGGUCAUUAAAUAUCAGUACAGUAUGAAUAACUAAAAAGAGAAAACCAUAAGUGGAAGAAAGGACAUGCCACUACCGCAGUUGGGGCCAAUUGGUUAUUAAAAAUACCAUACUAUAAGUUUUUUGUAUACAUGCUAAAGUUCUUAAGAUCCAGAAAUUACACUAGUGAAAUAGUAUAACCAGUAAACCAGAAUAUUAAGCAAACAUUUUAUGCGUUGCUGAUUGGAGUUCAGUGUCUGAAAAUAUGAAAUAUUAAAUGUUGCAAGUUAAUGCUUCAAAUUAAAUUGGAGGAAAAAACUCUAAAAUAUAAUAUGAACUUGAAGCUUUCACUGCAUAUUUUUGGCUAUUGACAUUUUAGUUAACCUUCAGUGAUUUCUGAAUGUCUCGAUGUUCAUGCAUGAUAAUAGACGGCACUGUAUGAGCUGUCAUGGUAACUUGCUAAUAGCACUUUAGAAGUAAUUGUUUUACUUGAAUCAUGAACUCUUGUAAGGUGUCUUUACCAUUUAAUAUUGUGCCAAAUUAUAAGGUACAGGAACAGUACAUCUAAUCUGUUGUUGUAAAGGUUUUUAUCUAUGUAUAUUUUACACACCAAGAGUAACAUAUACAAAUUGAUUAAUUAUCUAAUGCUCCAGUUUUAAAAAUUAUGGCUGAAAUUAGUUUUAAUUUUAUGAAAAUAGUUUUCCAGUAUUGUAAUGGUGUGUACGGAUCAAUGCAAGAUUAAUAAUGUCAUGGUGCCAUACAGGUUUGGCAAUUUUUAAUUUAAAUUUUAUAAUGACAUGAACAUAGCUAAAAUAAUGUUUCCCAAUUUUUGUUAUGGGAUGCAAAGGUAAAGUGCAGUGCUUUGCACAUUCAAAUUUUUAGUUCAUAAGAUCGGUGGUCAUUUAUUGUGAUAUACAGCACUGAGUAUUUACCUGUUCCAAAUUCUGACAACUCUGAAUUUUGUUAACCGUUUACUUUUACAAUUACUGUACAUAUUUCCAAUUCUAGAUUCAAACAAAUAUUGCCAAUAAGAAUUUUGAACACAGGUAGUACUAAAUUGUCUUCCAGGCUUGGUGCCUUUGAAUAAUUAUUCUAUUAUUUUCAACAACACACACACACUUACUGUACUAUGUAGCUUUCCAAUUCCUUAACAUCACUUAGUGUAUUAAUAGCAUAAAUGUUAAUCUUUAUUACUUGUAAUGGCAGAAUUCUGUUAACUGUGCUCUUGGUGAUAACUUUCUUACUACUGAGUUAAGUGCCUUAAAACUAACUAUUUCUUCCUUCAUAGUUGCCAAAUUUUUUUUACUCUAUUCAGCAUUUUUUACCAAAUGCUUUAUAUUGAUAGCAAGGUAAAGUGGUUUAUGAGGGAUUAUUUAUUAUACCUAUUUAAUGCAGUGUUAAAUUUAUGUAUAAGUAUUUGAUGUAUCAAAUACAAUUUGCCUGGAGAGAUUGACUGGUUUAAAGUCAGAAAAUGGCUCUGGUAUCUAAAUAUUUUCACUAAAGACGUACAUUUU